AUGAUAUGUAAAAAAGACCCCUCCAGUGUUGAGUACAUAGAAGGAGAAGAUGCAAUAUUAACCUGCGAAAUAACCCCUACACAUCUACCUGUGGAAUGGCUGAAAGAUGGCAAUGAUGUAAAACUAGACGCAAAUUGUACACAAUCGAAUGAAGGAACACAACACAACCUUAUUAUAAAGAACAUUAAAUCAGAUAACAGUGGAGAAUAUUGUGUGAAAAGUGGAAACUAUACCAGAACAAUACAGCUUAUAAUUAAAGAUUGUUUUCUGGAAGACCCUUCAAAUGUUAAGAACAUAGAACAUGUAGAAGGAGACGAUGCAAUAUUAAGCUGUACAGUCAGCCUUACAAGUCUACCUGUGGAAUGGUUUAAAGAUGGCAAUGCUAUUAAACUAGACGAUAAUUAUUAUUUUCUUGAAGGCCCUUCCAAUAUUGAGUGCAUAGAAGGAGAAGAUGCGACUUUGACCUGUAAAAUACGCUAUAAGGACCAAUCUGUAAAUUGGAUGAAAGAUGGAAAAGAAAAAUCAUUAAACGAAAAUUGUACAAUUUCCAAUCAAGGCACAAAAUACCACCUUACAAUAAAGAACGUUAAAUCAGGUGAUAGUGGAGAAUAUUGUAUGCAAGUUGGAAAAUUUUCCAAGAAAAUACAGCUGAAAAUUAAAGAUAUUCAGGAUGCAGUUAUUCCUCAACAUAUACGUGAGCAGUUCGACAAUCGCAUGGAACGGUGGAAGAAGGAUGAUCAACAGUUUGUUAGUACUGAAGCAGAGAAACAUGUCAUGCAAAAAGUUUUGACAGAAAGUACAGUUACCCUGGUUGGAAACUCAGGCAUUGGAAAAAGUUUUCUUUCUAAACACAUUGCCCUCAUAAUGAAGAAAAAGGGUUAUACUGUAAUACCAUGUAGUAACCCUAAAGAUAUUGGUAAAUGGUUUAAACAUGAUCAAAUUGUACAAAUGUAUGGGGAGAGUGAGGCUGGUAAGAUUCAGUACUGUAGCUUAGUCCUUUGUGUGAUGUUUAACAACACAUUAACAGAAGAAAAUUUGUCCACAAAAGAUGAAAAGAUAGGAACAAUAAUAGAAGAUUUACUAGAAGAAUGUGAACUGAUUAAAGGAACAUCCAUCAAACGUUUAAAAAAAUCGCUUGAAACACUUGAAGGUACCUAUGUGGUCAAGGAGGAUAACAAAUACAAAAUAAUCCAUGAUAAGUUGUUUGAUAUCCUGGCUAAGUUCUUUGGGGAGAAGAUGUUACAGCUCUUUUUUGAUCAUGCUAAUACAGAUUUUAUUGAAGAGAGAUUUCUAUGGAAGAUAACAGAUAACAUGGGCCCAGAAACAGAGUUUGUAAUAAGAAUACCUGAUAACAGUAUAAAUAGAUAUAUAGAAAGAUUGCUGAAAGACUGGGAGAACGGAUUCGUAAGCAGUGUAUGUGUCAACAGAAACAUGAUAUCUACUAUAUUUGAAGAAAAAUUUGUAACACAUUUAAAACAACUUGAUCCACCAAAGCAACAGGAACUUGUUUGUACUAAAGAUAUUCACAGUAAAGAUAUAGCACUUAGUGGAAGUUGUUAUAUGGGUACAGUUAAUCUUGUCAAAUGGUUGAUAAGUAUGAAUAGUGACAGUAACUACAGUAGAGAGGAUGCUGAUGUCAAUAAGUGUGCCAAUGAUGGUACAUCACCUCUGUGUAUAGCAAGUCAUGAUGGACAUGUUAAUGUUGUUAAAGAACUGAUACAACAUUCAGCUGAUGUCAAUAAGUGUGCCAAUGAUGGUACAUCACCUCUGUAUGGAGCAACUGAUGUCAAUAAGUGUGACAAUGAGGAUAUAUCACCUCUGUAUAGAGCAAGUCAUAAUGGACAUGUUAGUGUUGUUAAAGAACUGAUACAACAUUCAGCUGAUGUCAAUAAGUGUGACAAUGAGGAUAGAUCACCUCUGUCUGGAGCAAGUCAUUAUGGACAUGUUAAUGUUGUUAAAGAACUGAUACAACAUUCAGCUGAUGUCAAUAAGUGUGACAAUGAUGCUGAUGUCAAUAAGUGUGACAAUGAGGAUAGAUCACCUCUGUCUGGAGCAAGUCAUUAUGGACAUGUUAAUGUUGUUAAAGAACUGAUACAACAUUCAGCUGAUGUCAAUAAGUGUGACAAUGAGGAUACAUCACCUCUGUCUGGAGCAAGUCAUUAUGGACAUGUUAAUGUUGUUAAAGAACUGAUACAACAUUCAGCUGAUGUCAAUAAGUGUGACAAUGAGGAUAGAUCACCUCUGUCUGGAGCAAGUCAGUAUGGACAUGUUAAUGUUGUUAAAGAACUGAUACAACAUUCAGCUGAUGUCAAUAAGUGUGACAAUGAUGGUACAUCACCUCUGUAUACAGCAACUGAUGUCAAUAAGUGUAACAAUGAUGGUACAUCACCUCUGUAUAGAGCAAGUCAGAAUGGAUAUGUUGAUGUUGUUGAAGAACUGAUACAACAUUCAGCUGAUGUCAAUAAGUGUGACAAUGAGGAUAUAUCACCUCUGUAUAGAGCAAGUCAAAAUGGACAUGUUGAUGUUGUUAAAGAACUGAUACAACAUUCAGCUGAUGUCAAUAAGUGUACCAAUGAGGAUGUAUCACCUCUGUCUAUAGCAACUGAUGUCAAUAAGUGUGCCAAUGAUGGUACAUCACCUCUGUAUGGAGCAAGUCAGAAUGGACAUGUUGAUGUUGUUAAAGAACUGAUACAACAUUCAGCUGAUGUCAAUAAGUGUGCCAAUGAGAAUACAUCACCUCUGUCUGAUGUCAAUAAGUGUGACAAUGAGGAUAUAUCACCUCUGUAUAGAGCAAGUCAUAAUGGACAUGUUAGUGUUGUUAAAGAACUGAUACAACAUUCAGCUGAUGUCAAUAAGUGUGACAAUGAGGAUAGAUCACCUCUGUCUGGAGCAAGUCAUUAUGGACAUGUUAAUGUUGUUAAAGAACUGAUACAACAUUCAGCUGAUGUCAAUAAGUGUGACAAUGAUGGUACAUCACCUCUGUAUACAGCAAGUCAGAAUGGACAUGUUGAUGUUGUUAAAGAACUGAUACAACAUUCAGCUGAUGGCAAUAAGUGUGACAAUGAGGAUAGAUCACCUCUGUCUAGAGCAACUGAUGUCAAUAAGUGUGACAAUGAGGAUAGAUCACCUCUGUCUGGAGAAAGUCAUUAUGGACAUGUUAAUGUUGUUAAAGAACUGAUACAACAUUCAGCUGAUGUAAAUAAGUGUGACAAUGAGGAUAGAUCACCUCUGUCUGGAGCAAGUCAUUAUGGACAUGUUAAUGUUGUUAAAGAACUGAUACAACAUUCAGCUGAUGUCAAUAAGUGUGACAAUGAUGGUACAUCACCUCUGUAUACAGCAACUGAUGUCAAUAAGUGUACCAAUGAUGGUACAUCACCUCUGUAUAGAGCAAGUCAUAAUGGACAUGUUGAUGUUGUUGAAGAACUGAUAAAACAUUCAGCUGAUGUCAAUAAGUGUGACAAUGAUGGUACAUCACCUCUGUAUAGAGCAACUGAUGUCAAUAAGUGUGACAAUGAGGAUACAUCACCUCUGUAUAGAGCAAGUCAGAAUGGACAUGUUGAUGUUGUUAACCAACUGAUACAACAUUCAGCUUAUGUCAAUAAGUGUGAAAAGAAUGGUGCAUCACCUCUGUAUAUAGCAAGUGAAUAUGGGGAUGUUGAUGUUGUUAAAGAACUAUUACAACAUUCAGCUGAUGUCAAUACGUGUUACAAGAAUGGUGAAUCACCUCUGUAUAUAGCAAGUCAGAAUGGACAUGUUGACGUUGUUAAAGAACUGUUGAAUCUUUCAGCUGAUGUCAACAAAUGCGACGACAAAGGUCAGAAACCUCUUUAUGUGGCACAUAUGAAUGGUCAUUUGAAAAUAGAAGAAUUACUUUUAGGAACAAGUGCAAGUCAACAUUGA